AUGAUCCUACGGAGUAUCUGCCUCCUGGCCGCCGCCUCCCUAUCGUUUGUGCGCGCUGACGUCCAAGUCGUUUCGCCUCAAGCGGGAGACACUAUCACCGGACUCAAUCUCGCUAUACAAUGGAAAGACUCCGGCGAGGCGCCAGCCAUUUCACAAUUAGCUAACUAUCAACUCUUCCUCUGCGCUGGAGGAAACGACGAAUCAGAUUAUAUUCCGCUAGCAACAUUGGUGUCGGCGGGCACGUAUACAACGGGCAACUCCAUCACCAUUCCUCUGACCGCUAGUCUUGGAGCCGACGUCGCCAACGCCUACUUCCUGAAGUUCGUCUCAGCGGCUACAGGAGGCACUGUCAUAAACUUCUCCGAUCGCUUUACACUUAAGAGCAUGAGCGGUACCUUUCCCCCAUCAGUACAACAGGGACUGCGGUCUGUUACCGGUACUGCUGGUCCAGCCGACCAAAACAACCUCCAAGCUCCCCAAGCAGGUGCAGAUGCUGCUACCGCGUCUGUGGCAGAGGAGGUUUAUAAUACCCCCUACACGCUGCAAACCGGGACAAUUCGAUACGCCCCCAUGCCUCCCAUGGCCCAAACCAAGAUCACUGCAAAAAACGCUUCCCCUCAAUGGCCAACCAGCGCGUACACCGUUUACCAGACAAUAGCGGGAACACCCGAUGCCAUAACCACGAAUACUUUACCGUUAACGUUCUCGGCUUCCAGUCGGGAGAACCCCGUUGCUGCGGCCGGCCAACCCACCGAUGGAGCGGUGCAAAAGUUCCUAAACCGGUGGAAGGACUGA